GGGUAUAACAUAUUUACUUCUAUGUUAUGUGAGGGUCUUUUACUCACAUUGUUCAUCAUUGUGAAUAUAGCAACUUUGUGGCGCCACCGAUAGUGGGGCCCGCGGCGACCUCCACCAUAACCAUGGGCAAAGCAUGCGAUGAUGAUGAAACCGGAGAAAGAAGAAAAGGAUACAGAGGAGUAAGACAGAGACCAUCCGGGAAAUGGGCAGCGGAGAUAAGGAAUCCCCACACGGAGGUUAGGAAAUGGUUAGGUACAUUCGACACCGCAGAGGCGGCCGCCAGAGCAUACGACAAAAAAGCCUUUAAAUACAGAGGCAGCAGAGCCAAGCUUAACUUUCCCCAGGACUACUUCAAGUCAUCCUCGCCCCUUCCUCCUCCCCCUCAGCAGCCAGCUACUAGGCGAGUACCCGCUCCCACCGCCCAA